CGCGCGGAGAAUUGUAGGGUUUCGGCGAUUACCGUAUAGCGUCUUUGUGUGCUUCGUGCGUUCUCUCUUGUUUUUAUCGGGAGUCUGACCACCGAACGGAAAGACUUCCUGGCGUGCCGUUGAUGGUCCAGAGAAAGAUCUUUGUGAGCCGCUAGAAGACCAGUCGCCGGCUGUAGACCACACCAUGUUCCGGUGCGCCAAGAUUCGCGUCAUGGAUUUGAACCCCCACCUCAUGUGCGUGUUGUGGGGCUACUUCAUCGACGCCACGACUGUCAUCGAGUGUCUCCAUUCUUUUUGCCGCACUUGCAUCGUUCGAUAUUUAGAGUCGAGCAAGUUCUGUCCAAUCUGCGACGUUCAAGUCCACAAGACUCGUCCACUUUUAAACAUCAGAUCGGACAAAACACUCCAAGACCUUGUCUACAAACUCGUGCCUGGACUUUUCGAAGAAGAGAUGAGAAGGAGAAGAGAGUUUCAUAAGAACCUAUCCGAAGACAAAAUAUCACACCUGAGUUUAGAGGAGAGGGGACUGGCGCACAUGGUGUCUGCCCACAGACUGACCGAUGAAAACAUUUCCGUUGUGCUGGAACUGUCCAACCUUUUACUUCGUGCAUCAGACUUUUCGAAACGACCCGCCAGUCGCAGGAAGGCUGGUGACAGGCGCUACCUACUGUGUCCAGUGGAAGUCAGCAUAGGUCACUUGAAAAAGUUCAUCAGGCUGAAAUUUUCUCUUCCUCAGCAUUAUCAGAUCGAUGUCUUCUGCUCGCACUCAGACGAGGAGCCAUUGAGCGACGACUUCACUCUCCUGGACAUCAGCUUCAUCCACACCUGGAGCAGGGAGAAGCCGCUGCGCCUGUUUUACUCGGUGUACGUCAAACCGCGCGCCAAGAGGCGGAAGAAGAAGGCACAGUCGUCUGACUCCAAGAAGACUCGGACGGCCAGCCCCACGUCAAACGAUGUCACUGUCGAUGUCAAAACCAGCGUGAUCCCUUCUUCGGCCACACCACUUACUUCUCUUAGUACACCCGCCACUGGCGACACCGUCAGUUCCAUCAAAGAGACGGAGCCAAGUCCGACUGUGAAGGUGGUGCCAGAAGCUGUCGACACCCAGGACACGAGGCCGGUCGUCAAGGAGGAGGUGGCAGAGAAAGCGGAAACAGCAGUCAUCAUCAGCGCGCCUACCGUGAAGGAGACGGGCAAGGUGCGGGCCGCUGCCAGUCGCAAGAGCUCUACGGACAGCGGUUCGGACAGCCGCGCGUCCUUCAGUGACAACAGCAAGUCGGCGCGCAGUCGCGCCAGCUCCACCGACAGCAAGUCCGGCAGCAUCAGCGCGGCCAGCGACUCAGCCACCACCAGAUCCUCAUCUUCCUCUACCAGCUGGGCCAGCCGCUCCACCACCACCACAAGCACCAGCACCAGCCCAAAACUGCCCGGCAGUCGCACAACAGCCCCAAACCGCAGCUACCCAUGUUGGGGACCAAACGAACCAACAGCCCCAAGCCAGGAGGGCCAGGAGGCGGGUCUAACGGAACCCGGACUGCCAGCCCCAAGCUCCCUGCCAGUCGCAGCAGCAGCAGCAGUAGCCGCACCGCUAGCCCUAAGCCUGUCAAUGGCAGAAACGGCAGCAGCAGUGUGGCGGUAGCAGCGAGCGCUGGAACACCAUUGACGUCACUUCCGGUCGGGGAGAGCAUCUCGGUGGACGUGAGCGUCGGUGCGGGGUCCUCCUCGUCGUCAGAGAUCUCGCCGGAUGUGACGUCCCCGGGCGCUGAAGACCGCGCCAACAGCGGCGCCAUGGCGGAGGUUCCUGGUGAAUUCGAGCGCGGAGAGCACGUGUGUAACGUGGCAGCCACCUUUCCGUCGUCCAAACCCUCCCGGACUUAAAGGCCUCGUGCAGCGCGGGGCAGCCUCCCGCCAAAGGAGGAGGUGGAGGUGGUGGUAACCAGAGUAAGACCUUCUGUGCGCAUACCCACAGCAAGGACGCUGCUGCCAAAGUCCAGGCCAAAGGCUCGCAGACCCACAGACAGUCGCCCGGUCGGACUAAUGGGAGUGCCCGUCGGUAGAACCCCGCCCCAUCACAGGCGAGCGAGGCUGGCGCAUCACCUUUUAAACAGAACCCUGCAGCCACAACACACAAAGAGAAGUAGUACGCAAUAGGUGCAAACUUUGGUAUACUUUUUCAGUCGUUUACACAGUGCGAACCUCCUCCUCACUCGCCAACAGUGGAAUGGCUUUUUUUUUUAUGACCCAAAUCAUUGCGGAGUGGAUGUGUGGUUUUGUGGCGCCGAACGUGUCCCGUGUGAAAUCGUCACAAGUGACGGAUGACUUUUGGAGGAAAGGUCGAAGUGUUUGUUACUUUGAUGGCAGCUUGUGCAAACUUCACCUUAUUCCGUCUUGGUAACGGAAUAAGGGGCAAAGGUUUAUUUUUUCGUUGUUUUUACGUUUUCAUUCAUAUCCCGGUUAGGGAUAAAGUUAAAAAGAACUUUCCGUGCAAAGCUACCCUUAGGACACUGUUAUAUAUUUGACUGUGCUGGCGUUCCCAUAGCUGGAACCUGCAGCAGGUUGACCCUGUAUGUCUGCUAACAGUCGGGUGCUUGAAGCACACUUUGACGAGCUACAAGAUUUGUCUAGCUAAGCUGUGACGCGUUGUCAGCUGGAGCCUGCUGCACGAGUUUUUGUUUAUUUUUUUUUUAAGCUUGGUUUCAGUUCCCAUUUAAGCUGGGCCCAGGAGUGUUAUUCUGUGCUUACGUAUCGACAUUGCUACAUGUGAAAUGUUCAUCCGCUUCUUCGCCCUGUACCCCACCCCCAACCCGUAUAAAGAUACAACGACGUGGAAAAUGCUUGCAUGUGUUUUCCUCCCAUGCCUCUUGAUUUUUUCUGCUUUUUUUUUUUUUUUAUAAUCGCGAAGCAUAAUUGAUCACAUUGCUUGUUUAUUCAGACGACUAGAGCGUGAAGGUUUAUUGGGAAGGUGGUGGGAGAGGAAUAGUUUGUCCAGAAAUAAUUUUGCUGUAAACGUGCAAAUCAGAUUAAAGACUUUUAUUUUCUUCUGGACUGGCAAGGUUAGUGUGGACAUACAGGCUGCCAGGAAACGUGUGUUAGCGUAAGAAAAGAAAGUGUUUUGAGGGCAUUGAUUCUGAUUAUAAAGCAGCACCUUUGUGCACCUAGUCUUACGCUAAGCUAAUGGCCUAGUGGGGCUCCAUGUGAGGAGUAUUUUGCGUUCGCAAGACAUUUAUCACGAUAUAGUGGAUGGGGAAAUUAUGGUCUAGUUAAUUUGUGAUUAAUCAAAUUAGAAAAAAUGACUCGAUUAGUAUUGACAGUCUUUAUCAUCUGUUUACCGAGCACAUAGAUCAGAGUCUUGUUAUUAUACAAAAAGAACGAACAAAUCAUUUCGUUCUUUUAUCAAUAUGAGAGAGAGACUGUGUGGGAGAGCGCGAAAAGGAGAAAAUAAAGCUUUUAAAUAAA